AUGUAUGGACCUCCAGUGGAUCUAUCAUUUAAAGAUAUCACCAAUGCUACAGGUGCACUGAUGGAGGUACCCCGAAAUGGCUUGCGGCCUUUAAAAACAAACUCAAAGGGGGAGUACCUGAGCCGCUCUUUGUGUCUCAGUAACAACAGCAUCUCAAAUCUUAUUGACCUUGAGUACAUUUGUGAACACUUUCUGGCUGAACCGUGGAAUAUUGGCUGGCUGGACCUGUCGUUCAACAAGAUCACAUGCAUAGAACCGGUUUUGUGCGAGCUGCGUGAACUGCGUGUGUUGUACCUUCAUGGUAACGCCAUCUGGGAGCUGUCGGAGGUUGACAAGCUGAAGGAGCUGCAGUAUCUACACAACAUCACGCUGCAUGGAAAUGUCAUAGGAAAAAGCAGCAAAUACAGGAAGCAUGUAAUUUGUACACUGCCUCAGUUGAAGAUGAUAGAUUUCAGUGCUGUGACUCCCGACGAGCGAGUUUUGGCAAAUGUUUGCCAAAACUGGAGCAACCGUGGCAAAGCCGAGAAGUCUCCAAUGACUGUUACCAAUUCAUGA